AUGGCCACAUACCCCGGCCCGGUCCUCUUGGCGCUCAAGGGCUACUACGAGUGGAAGCAAGCCUUCCUCACGUCGGCGUCGGCGAUGGGCUAUAGCGCCUACUACAUGACGCAGGCCUACGCUGACCCGACGCUGCCGGAGUUUCUCAACGACGCCCAGCGAGCGCACAUUCGCGAGUCGGCCGAGGCCGCUGAGCCGCCGGUCGACGCCGAGAACAAGUCGAUGGACCAGCUCGAGUACGCGCGCGGGCAGCGCCGGCAAAGGGUGCAUGACCGCGUCCUCGCGUACACGUUGCUCGAGUGCCAAUGUAUGGGCCAGCGUGUCGCCCGGCGUGCCGCCAGGUACCUUCUCGCCGCUCUCCACUUGAAUGUCCAGAGCGCGCUCGGACACUGCGCGAUGGACCCGUUUGCGCUAUGGAGCGCGCUGCGCCGGCAGGUGCAAGCGGCGAACCGGGACCUUUUCCUGCUCCACGAACACGUCGCCGACGUCACGCUUCCUGGUCGUUGGCAUGCACCAGCCGCGUUUGUGAGAGACUUUGACGCGGCCGCGCAGCCGUUCACCGACCUGCUCUUGACGCCCGACGCUGAGCUGCAAACGCUGAUGGACGCCAACGACGACGCCAAGGUACUCCUGGACGAGUACCAAGCGCAGCUUAGGGAGAAGCUGCUCUCGACCUUCUUCAAAUUGGUGGUUGGGAUCAAAGCAUUUCUCAAGCGGCGUGUCGUCGAGUACUUGGACAGUCUCCCACGCUCGGCCGUGCUGCUGCCACCGAGCAACGCGGUCACGGCAGCCCGGCACGCGGCCAUCGCUGCCAUUCACAGUCGACUCGGCGCGCCGCCACCGUCAGUAGCAACGAGCGAGACGGCGCCCCCGGUGGCCGCCGACGUGACACUGGCGCCGCCGACCGCUGUACGAAGAAAGCGCAAGGCACCACCAAAGCGCCAAACAGCACGGAAAGCCAAGCGCAAGGCGGCGACGAGUGCCAUGUGCAAGUACUGCUUUGAGAUGGGCCAUGCGACCAUCGCCUGCAGCGACCUCCGUGACGACUACAUCCAUGGCACCGUUCGCGACGGCUUUGUUUUGCGGAGCGACUAUGGCUGCGUGUGGUGCCGAAGCCGGGGUCUUCGCAGCGUCCACCGCGAAGACCACUGCGCGAUCUAUCGAGGAGUGGCCGACACGAACUGGACCAUGAUCCCCAACGCGGUCGGCGGCGUGUCGCAGCGACGUCGCCAGCACCACGAAAACCUCUACAAACGCAUCUUCAACUGGUGUAAUUGCUUGAAGUCGACACUCAGUUUGAAUUUGCCUUUGUUGCGCGCACCCCACCCCAUCACCAACUACGAUACAAUGACCUCGAUCAACUGGACCGAGCUGGAAGCCGCGGCCAAAAAGGCGUCGCUGGCGGCCUACGCGCCGUACAGCCACUUCCACGUCGGCGCCGCGCUGCUGACGUCGGACGGCCAAGUGUUUGCCGGCUGCAACGUCGAGAACGCUUCGUACCCCUUGGGCAACUGCGCCGAGCGCACGGCCGUGUACGCGGCGCGCGUCCAGGGCAACAUGACGCACAUCGAAGCCAUUUGCAUCUACACGCCGACCGAGAAGGCGACGUCGCCCUGCGGCGCGUGCCGCCAAGUGCUCAACGAAUUUGGCCCGAACAUGGUCGUCCGCAUGAUCUGCGACGGCGACGAGGUGCUCGAAACGACGAUCGACCACCUUCUUCCGUACGGCUUUGGCCCCAAGAACCUGGAAGAGGCCAAGGAGACCCGCGACGCCCGCGCCAACAGCCCUUGAUGCGUAAACUAAAUUAUAUGUACUUCUCUACUCGACCGCCUGUUCCACAUCUGAAGGCAACGACACGAUAUGCUUGUAUAGCUCUUUUCCCACUUCAAAAUAUGUUUACGACACUG